AUGGCACAGGACGUGGACGAUAAAAGUCCGCUCAAGCCGAAAGGCAGUCCAGUAUACUCGUCGGUACUGCCAUCACCCGCACCACCGCCACCACCUCCUCCUCCACCGCCGCCGCCGCCGUUAACGGAUACUCUCCGGUCACCUACACUCUUCGACGAGAUCCCAGGGAAUGAAGUCUCAGGUUUCGCCGCACUGCAAAAGGAGGUAAUCGGAAUGCGACUUGCUGUUCAGGAAAGACGGAAGGAGUUGCACAGACUAAGAGAACAUGUUUCCAAAUGCGACAUGAUGCUCAUCAACUGUAUGCGCGAAAGAGUCAAUGGAAGCUUUCCGUCAGACGACCGUACAAUGCUCCGUCUUUUCGAAGCAUCGCAGGCGGCAAGGGAUGAGAUCGGGCCUGUCGAAUCAGAAUACGAACCACUUGAAAUCGUGUUAGGGUCCAAAGAGCAUCAGUUGGUUGAAAAGUACGCCAAAUUAGAGGGAUCUUUCGAGCAUUUUUCCAGACUCAAUAUAGAAGCGGUGACUAAGCCGAAGGAGCCGUCCGAAAUCGAAUACGAGGCUUCCUCGGUGGCCUCUGCUGCAGACGACAAUGUUGCUCUUGGAGACACCGAGCACCUAUAUGGAGCUCUGAUCGGAGAGAAUGUUGGCAUCGGUCAACUACCAAAACAUGCUGCACAACUCACACGAAACGCCCAAGAGCCUUGGGUGCCUGCCGGUUCUCACAGGAGGACCGUGUCUCUAGGAUCGACCGAUAUACCCAGACCUCGCAGCAGCAGUUUUUCAGAUGAGAGGACCUCAUUUAAUCAUUCGACAGGCACAUUUGACUUCAUCGGCAUCUGGAUCUCGGAUAUGACGAGUUUGACUGGGACUGGUGCCAUGCUUCAGGAACGGCCUGACGAUGAAUCGACAUUCUCUAGGAGUAACUAUAUUGAUAUACCUGAUGCACUGCCAGAUUUUAUGGACAACUACUCGGUCAAUCCGGGGCUCGAGGAAGGCAAUCCUUUGCUUUUGCUAGGCGAGAAUAACGAAACUCGUGAAGGAUCGCGGAACACACAGGGGAACCGUUCCACGGGUCUUCUUCGAUACUCAAAGCCUGGCCGCAUGACAGUCUUGGUCGCGACAAUUCAUAUGAUCAAGGAUCAGUGGAAUUCGAAGGAAGCUAUCAGAACCCUCAAGCACUUGGGUAUCAUGGAGCAUGUCCUCCUGAAUGUCGCGAUACACAUGGUUGGCAAAACAACGAUGCGUGGCUAG